AUGGAAGGCCGCCGAGUGCCCGGUGACGUCACGUGGGCGUGGGACACCCCUCGAUUUGGCGGGCGCCCACCGCUUGCCCCGUUUGGGCUCUGCGGCGCACCCCGCGUCCUCUCCGAUGACGCCCUCUCGCCCCGGCUCUCCCAUUCCCCCUUCCUGGUCAAUGUCACAACUGGACUCUGGCCUGCAAGCACCAGACCAGCCACCUGCGUUGGCAACGGUGGCGGCUGGCACGCCUCGUUCGUCGAGGGUGGCUGGCAUGUCUCGUUCAUCGGGAUCUCUGUUCCACCCACACGCCGGCUCGUUAUGCCAACUGAGGAGGAGCCUUACGCAGAGGCAGAACUAAGCCUUCUCACGAAGGAGAAGCUCGGCAACCUCGUGAAGAGACAGCAGGAGCGUUGGCCCUCCAACAGAUUGAGGUUCAACCUCUCAAAGCUUCGUGUCGAUCAGCUGAGGGACAAGCUCCUCGAUCCGAAGAAUGGGUUCUCCAAAGCGAAGGCCUCCAAUCCAGUGCUCCCUGCAGCUGCUCCCAGUGCAAGCGCCCUUGUUCACACAAUGAGUCAGUCCGACGCAGCAGCCGAAGCCCAUCCCACCAACCCACCACCUUUGGAUGUAGAGCCAUUGUUUCGCCAUGACGCUGAGCAGCCGCAAGCCGCUGAGGGCUCGACCUUCAACCAAGAAGAGCCGCUGAAGACCGCCAUUCAACUCUUCCUUGACGAUCCCUGUGUUGACCCUGUUCGGAAGUCAGCGGUUUGGGUCCACAUUGAGAAACACCAUAUCACGGUGGAUCGAUGGUUUGUGAAUGCUCAUGCUGUUAUCUCUGAGCUUCAGAAAAGCUAUUCGGCCCUGCGAGGACCUGUCCGGCUUGCGUACCCAUGCCCGCAAGACAAUUCCUAUCUCAAAUACUUCAUACGAUCUACACACGGCACACUUGAGGAUGGAGAAUUCAACCCCUCCGCACUCCCAAUCUCACCGAUGCUCAGCAUCUGA